AUGAUUUGGAAUGCAAAAACACGGCUACAUUUGUAUGAAUUCAUGAAAAAUGAAGAACUAAAGAAUUUUUAUAAAAUAUUUGAGAAAGGAUGUUAUAAUGAUCAGGGUAGUUGGCAUUUCUGCGCCCAAUUAGAGAAAAGUGAAACUAUUGACGAAAAUGUAAAAAAUAUAUAUUAUAAAUUUCAAGCUAUGAAGUCUAGGUUACAAAACAGUCCAUAUGAAUUUAUGUUAAAAGAAAAAAAUACAGAUAAAUUUUGUAUAUAUUUAAAAUAUUGGUUUUAU